AUGUUCAGAAACAACUACGACAACGACUCCGUCACAUUGUGCGCCGCCCUCGAACCUCCGGUUGCUCUCAUUCCCGCUGACAGGACCUGCAGCUCGCCCCAGGGCAGAAUAUUCCAGAUCGAGUAUGCGGCCGAGGCCGUCAAACAAGGCUCCGUCGUCGUCGGCAUCGCCAGCAAAACACAUGCCGUUCUCUGCGCCGUCAAGCGCAACGCCGAGGAGCUCUCGUCGUACCAGAAGAAGCUCUUUUCCGUCGACGAGCAUGCGGGCAUCGCCAUCGCCGGCCUCACCUCGGACGCCCGCGUCCUGUCCAACUUCAUGAAGCAGCAGUGCCUCGGCCAUCGGCUCACCUACGGGCGCGCCAUGCCCAUCAGCUCGCUCGUCGGCAUGAUCGGGGAGAAGGCACAGAUCAACACGCAGGUCUACGGCAAGCGGCCCUACGGCGUCGGGCUCCUCAUCGCCGGCGUCGACGAGCGCGGCCCCCACCUGUUCGAGUUCCAGCCGUCGGGCAUGACGGAGGAGAUGGUGGCCUUUGCCAUCGGCGCCCGGAGCCAGAUGGCGCGGACGUACCUCGAACGAAACCUCGACGCCUUCCCCGACUGCUCGAGGGACGAGCUCGUCAAGCACGGGCUGCGGGCCCUGCGGGAGAGCCUGGUGCAGGACAAGGAGCUGACGGUGGAGAACACGUCGGUGGGCGUCGUCGGCGUCGUCGAGACGGCGGGCAAGAGAAAGGUUGAGCCCUUUACGCUAUACGACGAGUACGACGUCAAGGAGUGGAUCGAAAGCGCGGCCGAGAGCCAAGGAGGCGGCAACGGCGGCGGCGACGAGACCGAGGGUAUGGAGGUGGACGGCUAG